AUGUCUGGUCUAAAAGCUGAAGUAACGCUGCUGAGGUGUGCAUUCCUCUUUCUCUACGCCAGAGUCUGCCUGUGCCAACGCGACUGCACCGGGGCAGACUGUCCCCAACUGGACAACUGCAUCGAAGAAGUGCUGGAGAGUGGCGGCUGUUGCGCCUCGUGCCUACACAAGGGCUGCACAUGCGAAGGUUACCAGUACUACGAUUGCGUCAACGCAGGAUUUAAGAACGGCAAGGUGGCCGAGGGGGAGUCAUAUUUUGUCGACUACGGCAGCACGGAGUGCUCCUGCCCCGUAGGAGGGGGUCGGAUCAUCUGCCACUUCAUCAGCUGCCCCGAAAUGUCGCCAAACUGCAUUGAGGUUUCGGAGCCGAUGGACGGUUGCAUGCAGUGCGAGCGUUUCGGGUGCGUCCAUGACGAGCAAAAGUAUGAGGCCGGGCACUCCUUCCACAUUGACCCCUGCCGGGUCUGCCACUGCCCUAGCAUGGGAGGGAAGCUAAUGUGCUACCCUGUGCCAGACUGUGACCCGCAACAGGUCCAUAAACCAAUGUUAGCAGCACCAACAGGGGAGGACAUAGCCAGCAGGCGCAACAGUUACCCCUCCAGCUUUGACCAAUUGGAUCAAUUCACCCCACCGCCACAUCUUCCUCCCAAUGGGAAUCUUCCUCUCUUCAAACCAUUCCCUUUGGAUAAGGACGAGUCAGAAGAGUAUGAUUACGGUCCGACAGACUCACCUCAAUCUCUAGUUUUCCCCACCCAUUUGUCCCCCGUCAAUGUCAUCUCUGUGUCCCGAGGCUCUGACAGACCUGACCGAACCUCAGCCCUCCAGAACUUCGACAGACAAAGCAAGCUGGAGCUAAGAGAACGACACGGAGUUCAGGUCCAUCCUGCUGACGGACAGGAAGUGACAGAAAGCCCCCUGAGAGCAGAGCAGAGUACCAUCAGACCACAUGUGCACAUGGACGCCACUACUUCUUGGCAGCCCUCGCAGGGUCCAACAAGUGUGCAAAGUACGUCGUUCAGGGAUCUGACAACACAGACAGAUUUGGAGAAUCCCUUGCACGCACUCAAGAGUUCAGAUAGUACGAUAUUUACUCUGAAUCGAGGAUCGGGGAGUGAAAAACACCCAGAGUAUCCACAUACAAGUCCACAGAGCGCAGUUCAUCAUCAGAGAAGCUUUGAGACGAAGAUACACCACCGAAAUGCAUCAGAUAGUGUGAAACUCAGCGGUUCAAAGAGUCAGAUCAACUUUAUUCAACCAGUGAGAGGUACGGACAGUCAAACCAAUCAUACAGAUACAGUAAAUUUUUCUCUGUACAUGCCGAAAAGCCCAGAGAGCCCAAUCCAUCCCCAGACAAGUUCAAACGGUCAAAGAGAUUUACAGGGGACGGUCGCAGUGGACAGUGAGGAAGGGAUGGAGUCAGAAGUGACGGAAGAGGAGGAGGAAGAUAUCGUAACAUUUCAUGGCGUCACUGGGCCCGAAGGAAGAGAGGUUUUCUACAGGACAAAGUCAGCACAACAGGAGAGAAGCCAUGCAGAGUUAGAGAGCAGCAAUCCAACUAGCAGCUACCAAAAGACCACACGCCAGCCCAGCACUAGUUCCCCCACGAGGCCGGAGCACCUAACAAACCCCAUGGUCUAUGACAUUACCACUUCCCAGUCGCCAACGAGGGUCAAGCUGAAUGAGAGCGAGCCCAGCAGAAAGCCAGUUCAGAAGCUGUUUAACCACCGCAGUGAAGACCAGGUGGAGGUGACAGAGGAGGAGAGGAAUGACCGACCUGUUUUGCUCGUCAAACCUGAUGAAGGUCCAGGAGCCUCUGCUGAAGAACUGCUGCAGAGCUGCUGCGCUGCUGGCCAGAAAUGGGCCACAGACAACCUCCACUGCAACCACAUGCGACUCCUGAACAAUGACAGGCACUCCAUAUGCAGUGUGGUGUGGAAGCAGUGCUGCCUCAGCUCUGUAAAGGAGAGCCAGUGUGAAUCGGGCAUGACUUCAGCCAGAGGAGGGGAUACCUGUGAAGUGGAGGAGGACCAGUGCACAGAUGACUCCUACCAGGUGUGCUGCAGCUGCUGUGCCCUCGGCUUGCGCGUGCGCAGUGAAGGACGGGGUUGUGAUGCCCACCAAUAUCUGGGCUACCCGUGCGGGCACGUCUUCCUCACCUGCUGCGAGGAGGCGGAGGAGGUGGAGGAGGUGGAGGAGGAGCAGGCCGGUCCGAGGCAGAUUCCACUGACAAGGAAGCAGAAGCCCAGGCCGACGUCUCGGCCUAGAAAAGUCUCAGACAGAAAGUUCCCCAAGGAGGCCUUCUCCAUCGGCACCACGGAUGAAGCUGCUAAUGCAGUGCAGGAGCAGGAGGACGUGGACGAGUGUCGGCUCCACCCGGGCCAGCUGUGCCAGCACACAUGCACCAACAGCUGGGGCUCCUACCGCUGUGGCUGCAACCGGGGCUACGUCCUGCAGCAGGACGGACACUCCUGCGCACCAGUGAGUCCUGACGAGGACAACGGAGUCCAAGAGUACGCUCCCGCUGUGGUCCCAACGCAAGCUGUCACAUCCGGUGGGACCACGCCCGACCCCGCCCACCUCGACCCAUGUGCAGAAAACGGGCCCUGCAGGCAUCAGUGCACGGCGGAGGCAGGCCGGGCCCGCUGCUCCUGCUUCCCAGGGUUCUCGCUGAAGACGGACAGACAUACGUGUGAAGACGUGGACGAGUGUGCGACCAGCACCCACGGUUGCCGGCACGGCGAGCGCUGUGUGAACACGGUGGGCUCAUUUGUAUGCGAGCCGCAGGUCACCUGUCCUGCGGGCUACCAGCUGAGGAACGAUGUUUGCGAGGACGCUGAUGAAUGUGCUCUGCGGACCCAUAACUGCGGUACGGGCUUUGCCUGCGAGAACACCGCGGGAUCCUUCCUGUGCAAUCCCACACACAAGUGCAUCAGCGGCUUCACACAUGACUCCUAUGGCAACUGUGUCGACAUAAAUGAGUGCAGCAGCCUGAGUGAGCCGUGCAGCUCAGGCUUUAACUGUAUCAACACAGUGGGGUCCUACUCGUGCCAGCAGAAGGUCAUAAUGUGCAGCCACGGCUACCACGUCAGCCCCGAUGGAGCCACGUGUGUCGACAUUGAUGAGUGUCAGAUGGGGACACACCGCUGCAGACUGGACCAGAUCUGUCACAACCUCCCUGGCAGCUACCGCUGUGACUGUCAGACGGGCUACAAGUAUGACGGCCUCCUCAAAAUCUGCAUAGAUGUAAAUGAGUGCUGGCGCUACCCCGGCAGGAUGUGCGCCCAGACCUGUGAAAACACCCGAGGCUCCUACCACUGCUCAUGCACAGCCGGCUUCUCCCUUGCAUCUGAUGGCAAGAACUGUGAAGAUAUAAACGAGUGUGACCAAAACCCCUGUAACCAGGAAUGCGCCAAUAUCUACAGCUCAUACCAAUGCUACUGUCGCCAAGGCUACUACCUGAAAGAGGAUGGACACACCUGUGAAGACAUUGACGAGUGCUCCCAGAGCAUUGGUAACCUUUGUGCCUUCCAGUGUGUUAACGUUGCUGGCAGCUACCAGUGUGCCUGUCCUCCUCAUGGAUACGUCAUGUCUGCCAAUGGACGCACCUGCAGAGACAUCGACGAAUGCGCUACUGGCACCCAUAACUGUUCAUCCGGACAGACCUGCUAUAACCUCCAGGGAGGAUUCAGAUGCCUCUCCUUUGACUGCCCUCACACCUACAAGAAGGUGUCGGACACCCGCUGCGAGCGGAACAUCUGUCCCAGUAGCUCCUUAGACUGUCAGAAGUCCCCCGUCCGCAUCACAUACUACCAGCUCAGCUUCCAGACCAACAUCAUCAUCCCCGCCCAGAUCUUCCGGAUUGGACCGGCCCCCGCUUACUCCAGCGACCACAUCGUCAUCGGCGUCGUCAAAGGCAACGAGGAGGGCUACUUUGGCACCCGAAAGCUGAACAGCUUCACGGGCGCUGUCUACCUGCAGAAACAAGUCCGCGAGCCCAAAGACUUCCUUAUAGAUGUGGAGAUGAAGCUGCUGAGGCAGGGGACAAUCACCUCGUUCCUCACCAGGAUCUAUGUCUUCAUCACAUCCAGCACUCUGUAAGACCGGAGAGACACAGCCAGGGAGAUGGACUGGAAACUUCCUAUGGUGCUUAUUUUCUACAUGUGCCCACACUUUUUGUCAAGCAUAUUCAAAAGUCUCGUCAAUUGUUGCCAAAGACCUUACUGUUUACUUGUCUUGUCUUCGGAAGGUUAUCUUCAUUGUUCAGAUUUUCAAUGACAUUUAUCCCGAGAUUCGUGUAUUUUUAUUUACCAAAGUGUUUUUCAGAUGGACUCUUGCUAGUGUGAUUUUGCAUUAAUGCACCACCAUUGUUAGGUUCUACUCAAGCGGUUGGUUCUUACGGACGGUGGAAAGGUGCUGCACAGGUCACUGCACAACUCUGGGUUGGUGUUAAGUGCGCUGCUCUACUCUCUUUAAGAGUUGCUCUUCAGCCUCCUUAUGUAAAUGUUAAUUAUCAUGAGAGUUAUUCAUGAAAGUCUGAAGAAAGUACUAAGCCUUUGCAGCACUAGAAUAAAGGCACUUGUCGGCCCAGAAACUGACUUUUGAGUCAUAAACAAACCUGAAUAAAUUAUAUAGUUGAAAAUGAAGCGUAAAACAAAUAAUACAUUA